AUGGUCCACCGCAUCGCAUUCUGGAGCUGCUUCGGCCUUGCCGUCCGCUUCUGGCAGGUCGGCAUCGAGAUGCGUCCCUUCUUCAACCGCUCAUCGCUGUGGGCUUACCCCGUGUACGCCCUCGGCGGCGCCAGCUUCGGCUACUGGCUGCAGGGCGUCGACGACCGCCAGUCCAAGGUGCUGAGCGAGCGCAAGGCGUUUUUGCUGCAGAAGCGCGCCCGCCACGCGGAGCGGGAGGCGGCGGCGGCGGCGGCCGAGUGA